CCAUGACCGUUGAUUCAUCUGCUUCCAAGCUAUACCGUUCAGAAUGUCCGAUCAACUAGAAUCCCUCAUAUCUCCUAAGAACUCCGACUCCGGCCUCCACAUCCAGCUCCACCCUUUGAUCCUCCUCACCAUCUCCGACCACAUCACCCGUCAUGCCGCUCGCUGCCAGCAGGGACCUAUCAUCGGAGCGCUUCUAGGCCAACAGAAUGGACGAGAAAUUACCCUGGAGCACGCCUUCGAGUGCGUCGUGACAGAAAGCCCGAAUGGGGAAAUCCAAAUUCCCCAAGACUGGUUCGUGGAGAGAGUCAAACAAUUCAAGGAUGUACACAAAGCUCCCGCUCUCGACCUCGUCGGUUGGUGGUCAACCGCUCCUCCAUCCGGCCCCAACAUCUGUCACCUGCCCAUCCACCGCCAAAUCCUCCAGAACCACAAUGAGUCUGCCGUAUUCCUCGCCUUCCACCCGUCCCUGGUGCAAGGGGCAUCAUCCAACGGUGGCAAGCUCCCCGUGACAAUCUACGAGAGCGUCUACGAGGGCGAAAAUGCAACAGACGGCGGAAAGACAAUGCAGAUAGACGGCGAAGAGCAAUCCCUCACCAUCCGAUUCCGGGAGCUACCCUACUCCGUCGAAACCGGGGAAGCGGAGAUGAUCGGUAUCGACACGGUCGCGCGGACAGCCAGAAAUGCGGCUGUGGAUCUUCAAGUUCCAUCGCAAGUUCUCGGAAAAGAUGCUGGCAAAGAGCAGUCCACAAAGUCGACCCUACUUUCUCCAGAAGAGGAAGAACUAAUCGCCAGCCUCACCACUCGUCUCAACGCCGUCAGAGCCCUCGAAUCCCGAAUCUCGCUCAUAAAGGCUUACCUCGCAAGCGUAUACUCCCCCGAAAGCAUGGUUGCAGACCCUAGCUCAACCGCAACUCUAUCCCACCCCAUCCUCCGCAACAUCAACGCCCUCCUAUCCCACCUCACCCUCCUCACACCCCAAGAACAAAGCGCCUUCACUGCCGAAGCCAUCGCCCAGAGCAACGACGUCCACCUCGUAUCCCUAUUAGGACAACUCAGCCAGAGCAUCAGCGCCAUGCGCGAGCUCGGCAAACGAGCGGCCAUCAUGAACAACAUGCGACGCACGAUGGCAUCGCGGAAAUCGCAGCUAACGAUGCAGAGUCGCUUUGGGGAUGAAUUUUUUACCACUCGGGAUGGAGUGAGUCACGGAUAGGAUAUCAACAAUCUAGAUCUAGCUAGCAUUUAACGAACAAUGAAUUCACGAUCAUACCCAUUUACCAUUCCCAGUCCCCAGACAGUGACCAAUCCCCCCUAAUGCACAUACACUUUAAACCAUCAUCUUACUAAAAUUGAUUAUCCAACUCCGCAUCAUAGAACCACGUCAAGCAACCCAUCCAUCCACAAGUAAACCAUGUGCAUAAGGAAUACUAAAAGAGAAAUACGUU